ACUACCAACGAAGCCUACAUCAAACACUCAUCUUUCUCUGGUUCAAUCACGGCGACGCUACGGGGUCUCUGACCGCUCCCUCGCUUUCCUCUGUAACCUUCUUUGGCUUUCUUGGCUACGUGAGCCUCGCAAUUCUGUCAUCCAUGCGUUCCUCCUUCACGAUGGGGAGGUCACAGCCUGUCUCUGUCCCGCUGCUCUUCCUUCCUCUACUCCUCUGCUCUUCAUCUCUCUCCUUCGGCUUCGUCAGCGCCGCCGGGACUGCCGACGGAUCUGAGGAGUGGGGUUACGUCCAAGUCCGGCCGAAAGCGCACUUGUUCUGGUGGCUUUACCGGAGCCCGCGGAGAGUCGACACCGGCUCGUCGCCGUGGCCGACGCUGCUGUGGUUGCAGGGCGGACCUGGCGGUUCGGGCGUUGGGAUCGGGAACUUCCAAGAGAUCGGACCGCUGGACACCGAUCUGAGGCAUCGGAACUCGACAUGGCUGCAGAAAGCCGAUCUCCUGUUUGUGGACAAUCCGGUGGGGACGGGAUACAGCUUCGUGGAGGACGAGAGCCUCUUCGUGAAGACGGAUUGGGAGGCAGCCACGGACCUGACCACCCUCCUCAAGAAGCUCUACGACGAGGACGAGUCCCGGCAAACGAGCCCACUGUUCAUCGUCGCAGAGUCUUACGGAGGGAAGUUCGCCGUGACCGCAGGCUUGUCGAUCCUCAAAGCCAUCGAGGCUGGAGAACUGAAGCUUAAGCUCGGAGGCCUUGCUCUGGGAAGCAGCUGGAUUUCGCCGGAAGAUUUUGUGUUCUCUUGGGGGCCUCUGCUUCAGGAUGUCUCAAGGCUUGACAUCAAAGACGCAGUGAAAUCAAACAUUAUGGCUGAAAAGAUUAGGCAAGAGAUAAAGAAAGGGGAGUAUGGCAAUGCCACGAACUCAUGGGGUGAGCUGGAGGAAUUCAUCAGUUCUAGCAGCAAUGAUGUGGACUUCUACAACUUCUUGCUGGACUCUGCAAGCGAUCCCAUUUCUCAGGCAGCAGUCGAAGUACCGCGAAGGUUAUCGAUGAAGAUAUAUCCAACUUAUCUGAGCUCCAAGGCUUCUUCCAUGUCCACUGACAUCUCCAGUCUCAUGAAUGGUGCCAUCAAGGAUAAGCUAAAGAUAAUCCCAAAGACUGUGAGCUGGGGAGGGCAGGCUGAUCUUGUCUUCGAAGCUCUUGCAGGUGACUUCAUGAAGCCAAGAAUCAAUGAGGUUGAUGAGCUCCUUUCCCUGGGAAUCAAUGUUAACAUCUACAAUGGACAGGUUGAUCUGAUUUGUGCAACAAAAGGCACAGAGUCAUGGGUCCAAAAGCUCAAAUGGGAGGGGCUGAAGACCUUCAACAACAUGGAUCGAAAGCCAUUCUUCUGCGACAGUGAAGGAAUGGCAGUCACCAAGGGAUUCCUAAAGUCUUAUCAGAACUUCCACUUCUAUUGGAUCCUUGGAGCAGGACAUUUUGUACCAGUUGACCAGCCUUGUGUCUCACUGGAGAUGAUUGCUGCCAUUACCCAAUCUCCUGCUGUCUCUUCCUGAAGGAGGGAAAUGCUUCCAGGCUUCUACAAAAGAGCAAUACAACAAAGAAAUAAAUGCUUAUGAAAUAACAGCAUCAAUAGAAGGGUAAUUCUGAUCACAAUAGGAGAGGGUUUAACUGCAACGAUAUAUUAUUCUCCUACUACUACCUCUAUCUUUGUCUUGCAUGUUUGAUGAAGAAGCCUUAUAUUGCUUGAAAUCAAUUGCAAGAUAUCAUCAAUUUUAUG